AGGGAAGGGAAGGGAAGGGAGAGGAACACGAAGGGAAGCUACGGAGAGCGAAGCAAGGACCCAUCCACCCCCGCCCCCACUCCACCCCACCCCACCCCACCCCCGCGCGGCGGCAGCAGCAGCAGCAGCACCCGGGCCCCGCGCCGACCCGAGCGAGCGCCAACCAGCAGCAGCGGGCGGCGCGCCACUUCGAGAUUCCGGCGGGCGGGCGGGCGCAAUUCGUCUCGGCCGGGUCCAAUCCGCGGCCACGCCAAUCCGGAGGUCAGCUCAACCCCCCUUCGGAUUCGCGCCGGCUCGCGCCCAUUCCCCCCGGCCGGAGAUCCGGGCUGCACGAGCUCGCCGGCGCCCGGGAUCAUGCCUCCAUUGCCCUAGGGUUUGGCCGGCACGCGCAAUUGGCCCGCCCGCAUGCUCGAUUCGGGCCAGCGGCACCGCGCGCGGGGCGAGUGGCGGUUCGUAUCUCGCCAAUCGGUGCGCUGCCACUGGAGAUGAGAUCCCCUCCGCGGCCGGCGAGCUGGGAAUUGGUCUACGGCCUCGCGCUCUGCGGGAGGCGGCAUAAGCCCUAGCGAUUCGAUCCCGAGCUGGGUUUCGUGCGGAUUCGUGCCUUCUCUGCUCUGUCUCCCAAUCGCAUAUUGAUAUUGGGGAGGUUCCCAGGGAGGGGUGGUGGUGCUUGUAUGGAUACAGUUAGAGGGGAGGCUUGGUCAAUGGCUCCACCACAGCAGCAGCGGCAGCCGUCGGGGCCUCGGGGUCCUCAGCCGCCACCGCAGCAGCAGAAUGGUCGCGUUGAUCUCCGGGAGCUCAAGGCUCAGAUGGAGAAGCGGCUUGGUCCAGACCGGUCGCGGCGAUACUUCGGCUACUUGAGUGGUUACCUGUCGCAGAAGCUCAGUAAGCCUGAUUUUGAUAAGAUGUGCCUGCUUACAUUGGGCCGGGAGAACCUCCGGCUGCACAACCGGCUCAUCCGCGCGGUUCUCUACAAUGUCUACCAGGCACAGUGCCCACCUCCACCACCAGAUGCUGGGAGGUCUGUCGGACCGUCGGCCAAGAAGGUUUCCCACGCUGCUGGAUCGCUUAAUUCUUGUAAUGGGGAUGCCAGGCUGUUACAGGUCCAAGGAUCGAGGUCUAUGGGCGCACUGCAAGAUCAUCAGUUAAAAGAUCGGUUGAAACAUAUGGGCCCAAAUGGUAGGGUGGAGGCUGCUGCCAGUCACACCCAGGUUGUUCAUGGGGGAUCUGCAGUUACAGAGAAUGGCGCAUUGAGUUCACUUGAGUUGAAGAGAUCGGUGUCUUUUCAACAAUGUGAAGCUGCAGAGCCAAUGGCAAAGCAUCUGCGUGUGGAUCAGUUGCUGCCUGAAAAUGCGCUUAGGCAAAGAAGAAUUAUGAGCGAUGCUGCAGGUCAUUCUGCUCAAAUGUCGAAAAGUCCUGUACGAGCUCCACUUGGGAUACCCUUUUGUUCAGCAAGUGUAGGUGGAUCAAGGAAGUUACUACCGCCAGCAGUUAAUGCAGGGGAAGAUCACUUCAGCAGCUGUUAUGAGCAAGGUCAGCUGUUGAACACGGAGGUUCUGCGUAAGCGCAUGGAGAAAACAGCAGAAACACUGGGUCUGGCAGGUGUCACAAUGGAUUGUGCCGAGCUUCUGAAUAAUGGUUUGGACUCGUACUUGAAGAACCUGAUUAGGUCAUCUGUUGAGUUAAAAGGAGCUGACGUUCGAAGAGAUGCAAGAAAAGGGGCAUCAUACAAGCAGCAGGCCCAUGGAAAGCAAAUUAAUGGUGUUUUGUUGCCGAACCAAGUUCAGAUGCAGUCAAGCAGUGGACAAUCAGAUGCUACAAAUGAUGGCAGAAGUCAACACUUGAUCUCUUCUCAUGAUUUCAGUGUAGCCAUGCAGCUAAACCCUCAACAGCUUGGGGAGGACUGGCCAGUCCUCCUUGAGAAGAUAUGUCUACGUCCUUCGGAGGAAAAUGACUGACAGAUGGAGCUUGCUAGUUCAGAUGAAAUUUUGUCCGAUGUAUUUCUUCGUGCCCCAUCUGAUGUACAUUCGAGCUGAAGUAACAAUACUGCAGUCACAUCAUAGAAGAUGCACGUUUGGGGAUCAAGGCAGAAUUCUGCUCCCAGAUUUGUAGUGAAAGAAAGUCAAUUCUUUUGUCCUGAUAACUGAUGCCCCAGUAAAGGAAGUCAUCUUCUGUUCAUGCUGCAUAGGGCCCAUUAGCACUCCCGAGGUGGAGACUGUUACAUCCAUAAGUCCCAACUUCUAUGUAACAUCUGGCAUAAAGGGACAGAGGACAGCAAAAUGCAAGUGCUGUCUUGUAACUUAUAGGAAAAUGUUCUGUAAGUUUCUAGAUCAGGAUGUACAUUAUUGAUUGCAAAAUUUUCUAGAGUAUCUUCAGUACUAA